AUGAAUACUUUCCAGGCGGAUUGGGGAGAGAUUCCUCAAAUGCCAAAGGACCAAGUGUUCACACCCCAGGACCAACUAACGAAUUACAACGAUAACAUGAUGGACAACUUGCUUGACUUCAAUUAUAACGAUGUUGAUGCUCUCCUGUCGGAGGAGUUGAAGGACUUAGAUAUACCAUUGGCGCCUUCGCCUAGAGAUCUGAAUAUGAAUGCCGAACAAAGUCUCAAUUGGAUGCAGGAUAUACAGGGACACAGGUCAAAUAAACCUUCGAUGUCGCAUAAGAGAGGAAUGAGUGGUACCGCAAUAUUUGGCUUCAAAAAUCAUAACAAAACCCUCAGCAUUGCUAGUUUUAGCAAGAAUACAGACAUUAUCAAUGAAGCUGAGAACGAGAAUGUAAAAGGAAACACAGAUAACCAGAAUGGCUUUGUAUUAAGCCAAGUUCUUCUGAAACAGCAGGAAGAGCUUCGAUUAGCUUUAGAAAAACAGAAAGAAGUAAAUAGAAACUUAGAGCGGCAACUGCGAGAAAAUAGAUUACAACAAGAACAUAUACAGCGUGUGCUUCACGAUCAGGAAGCUGUAACAAGUCAAUUAACAGCUCAAAACGUAACUGAAUCGCCAUCAAAACAAAGAAGUCCAACCAAAUAUCAAGGAGAUGACGCCAUCAUAGUUACAAAAAACUCAUCUUCUGGCGGCUAUGUUUUCCCACCUCCACCUCGAGUUACAUUAAAUAACGAAGCUGUUACUCCACCGCUAUCAUUCUCAAGGUUUAGCAAUAUUGAUCAAAUGGAAUCUUCAGAUCCACUCAAUUACCUGCAACCAAAUGCUGAUUUCACAGAGGCUUAUGCAUCACACAAGACACCCGAAUCAUCAUUUGGAAAGGAGCAUGCUUCAGUGCUUUCAACAUCGGAAUUUUUGAGACCUACCAAUGCUGCUAGAGAAUCAUCAUCAAAGGCAAUGUAUAGCUCACCAAACAGUAUGAUUUCACCUCAUAGGAAAAAAGAUUCUGUUCUCUCAACAGUUUCUACUAUUUUACAACCCCAAGAUGACUAUCAGAACACUGCAAGUCCGCCUUCGCAAAUGUUGAACUUAGAAGAAGCCAAUUUAGAGAAUGAACAAAAGAACAAUGGGAAAAUGCUACGUGCACCAGUAGAAAUUAUGCCAACUAUACCGGGAUCAAAAAAUAAUACUCCCAUGACUGCUAAUAAGUCUGGAUUCAUGCCUCAGAAACAUACUUUCCAGCAUACUCCUGUGAAAGCGAAAAAUAAUGUGGACAUGAACGAGAGAUCAUUGGUACGGCCGGAGCUAUCAGGAACACCACUCAAUAAGAGCGUACAAAAUGGAAUGCAUUUUAGAGAAGAGGACGACAGUAAUAUAUUGCACCAUAUAUCAGAAAUACCGCAAGGAUCAACAUCACAUAAUAAUACCACCGCUGGCGAUGAUUCAAAUGUGAGCAAUAGGUUACAAUUUUCUAAUACCGAAAGUAGUCCAAGCCGGCAAAGGAAAAAGCCUACUACAUUACCACCAGGUUAUAUUGAUCGAUAUGUUAAAGAACUACCUGACAAGAAUUUUGAAUGUUUAUUUCCUAACUGUGGUAAAUUUUUUAGGAGAAGGUAUAAUAUAAAGUCCCAUAUUCAAACACAUCUAGAAGAUAAACCAUAUAAGUGUGACUUUGAGGGAUGCACUAAAGCGUUUGUGAGGAAUCAUGACCUUGCUAGACACAAGAAGACUCAUGAUAAGCAUUUUUCUUGUCCCUGCGGGAAAAAAUUCAGCUCAGAACAAUCAAUGAUGAAGCACAAGAAUAGGCAUAACUGCACUGGCCCUGCCAGAGUUCCUGAUUCCAAAAUGGUAUCCAAGUCUCCUAGAAAACAAUCUUCUCCCACUAAACUUUCUUCAGCGAUAAUGAAUAGCCCCAUAAAGGAAAAUUAUCUGAAAGAAAAUACCAACCUACAUAUCGAUCAAUUAAGAAUGGAUCCUAAAAUGAGAAAUGCACUAGAGGAUGGGGGGCUAUUGAAGCCAGUUGAGAGAACUGAAGCAAUGGCUUUUCCAUCUCCACUAUCGGGAUAUAGUGAUUUGGGUUCCCCUUUUAGAGAUUUAGGGACGAUUGAGGAGUAG